GCUGGAAGGUAUAGAUUCUUAGAAUAUUCAUUAGUAGCAUUUGUUCAUUGUAUGCUAGACAUUCUCUUGCUAACAAACAGUGUACGCAAAAGCAGCACGCUCGAUGAGUUAACGCGUUUCAUGUGAAUUUACACGUGUCAUUGUUAAUAUUUCACGCAGUUUAAUUAUGGAUAAGAGUUUACAACAAUGCUUGGAACUGUUGAAAGAAAACGAGAACCAGAUACGAAACGAUGCCGAGGGUGCAUUGUUAACUAUCUGUCAAAAUAUUUUGUCACAUCCAAAUGACAAACAAUAUAGAAAGGUGUUGCUCGACGAUCCUUUAGUUAUACAGAAAUUACUUCCUGCCACUGGUGCUAUGGAAUGUCUGUUUGAUAUUGGUUUCGUUGAGGCCACUGACUGUCUCUCCUUACCGCAAGAAGUACCUCUAACAAAGCUACAAGCUUUGGAAAGUCUGCUUGCCAAAAAUGCGAUCAAAGCAAAUUCUUCAAAAGUCCAUACCGAUAAAUCUGCAGCCUAUGAUUUGUUACCUCAAACGUGUAGUAAAAGAGAGAAAGAAUUUUUAACAGGGAUUAUAGUACGUUCUAAAAGUGUUCUGAGAUACGAAGAUGAAAGACUUCAGGAAAAGGCAAGAAAAAUAAUACCAUUUGCAGAGCUUGAACUUGCAACAAUGAAAAGGAUGAGAGAACUACAAAAGCAUAUGAAAUUAACUGAAAAGGAAAAGACUACCAAAAAGGAAUACACUGAAGAUGACAUAGAGGAUGUAAAAGAGUUGUUUCUAAUGGAACUUUUGCAUUGGUUUAAAUAUGAAUUUUUUUCAUGGGUGGAGGGUCUAAAGUGUUCUACAUGUUCCUCAGAAUGUAAAUAUGAGAUGGUAGUAGAGUCUCAUGAUCCUAGAUGUUCGCGGAUAGAAAUACAAAAAUGUCCUAAUUGUGGAACGAUGGUUAAAUUUCCGCGCUAUUGUGAUCCAGAACCAUUGUUAAUUUCACGACGCGGACGUUGCGGAGAAUGGGCUAAUGUAUUCACACUAUUCUGUAGAGCAUUAGGAUACGAUGCAAGAUUUGUACAUGAUGAAACAGAUCACGUUUGGACAGAGGUGUGGUCCAUGCGUGAAAAACGAUGGAUUCACGUAGAUCCAUGCGAGGACGUCAUGGAUCGGCCAUUGAUGUAUGAAAAAGGUUGGAAAAAGAAAUUAACGUAUGUUAUCGCAUUUUCAAAAGAUGAGAUACAAGAUGUUACUUGGCGUUAUACACGCGAUCUACCAGGUGUAUUGAAAAGAAGAAAACUCUGUUCUGAAACUAAAUUACUAGAAUUUAUUGAAUCGUUAAAUAAAUAUCGUCAAUCUUCCCACAAUUAUAGUCCUUCUCGUAGACAGUACGUAAUAAAACGAAGGCUCAUGGAACUCGUGGAAUUGUUACAUGUGCCCAAAGGACAAAAUUCUGAUGACGAUGAUAAUAAUUAUCAAGGACGAUCCACUGGUUCUUACGAGUGGAAAUUAGCGCGAGGAGAGAUUUCCCAAGCAAACGUGACGGCUAAUUAUUCUUGGGAUGUUUCAAAGUACGGCGAUACAUUCCACUUAUGCUAUUUUGUCGUUCAAGAUGAAUACAGGGUAAUAAAUAAUGAUUGUGAAGUAAUAGAAAAUAUAUCUGGUUGGCAGCAUGGGGUGUACGAAACACAAGGUGGAAUAUUCCGUAAAUUAGAACACGAUUGGAAAAUGGUAUAUUUAGCUCGUUCUCCAGGAACUGGUUGUGGCAAAGUAGAAUGGAAUUUAGUAGUAUCGAAUCAAAAUUUAUGCAUUAAGACCGUUAGUUUAAAAGCUUUAGUAAAAGUAUUUCACGAGGCUAGUAUAUCCUGGGAAAUAGAAGGGUUUUUUGAUAAAACGGACCAAACUAAAUCAACUAUAUUUCCUAUCAAUGAUUGUACCAACUAUUAUACAGAAGAGUUGAAGGGAUCGAUAAAACUGAUUAUUAGGGCGAAAGUUUCCGGUGGUCAAGGUGAUUCCGCAUGGCAACAUGCACAACUUUUUCGGCAAAGUUUAAAAAGCGAAGGAGAACCGUCUCUGUUAAUUGACAUUCAAUUGGAAAAUCGGUAAUCAUAAAAUCAAUUUAUUAGAAAUGGUAUUUAAUACGAGAACUUUCCUUAUACACAUUAUAAUAGCAGUAUAUAUUAAUAACAUGGACCUGAAUAAUUAUGAUUCUCCUAUGAAGAAUACAAAAUAAAUAAAAAUAUUUCACAUUUGAAAUUGUUUCUCCUCAAAAGAAAAAUGAUGUAUUUAGUUGCAAAUAAAGACAAGUCUUUGUGACUUGACAACUUUGAAAAUGUUUA